UACAGAUAAGAUCUCUAUUUCUCACAUCCAAAUCACUAACGAUGGCUCGUCAAGACGUUAUCUUUCUCUCCGUCCUCAUCGCCGCCAUCACCAUCGUUGCAUCUGCGGAAGACUGCCAAUAUACAAUAAGUAUCCAAACCGGAACGAGAAAAAAUUCUGGCACAGAUUCGAAAAUAGGGGUUUUAUUGGGCGACAAAGACGUGCACAUCCAAAUUAUGGACCUAGUGAGUUGGGGUGGGACUACGCCAGGUCUAGACUAUUUCGAGAAUGGUGAUCUGGAUACUUUCAAUGGGACGGCGGAGUGUGUUCCCAACCCAGUAUGCUUUAUGACACUAUUCUCUGACAAUUCCGGCAACAAGCCCGGCUGGUAUCCUGAGUACGUGAAUGUAACGAUGAGCAAGAUUGGAACUUGGAGCACUCAUCAGUUCACUGUGCAGCAAUGGCUUGCCCUCAGUGAGGAACCGUAUAAGAUAUUUGCCAAACGAGACGACUGCCCUUCUGGGAUUCAAUCGCUUGAAUCAAUGAAUCCAUAAAAUAUAUCUUGUGAACGAUUAAUGGCGAUAUGUAUUUCAAAUAAAAUAAAAAUGUUGCCCUGUGUGUUUUUGCCAUAUGUAAGUUGAAUAAAGCCCACGUGGCAAUAAUCGAUAUUCUCACUA